AUAAUAACCUUUGAGUAAGUGCUAUUUCUCUGGAGUAAUAAUCAGAUGAUGUUGGGUAAAGAUUAUUUGGAGUCAAAGGGUAGUCAGGGCUGUUUCCUAAAAUCCCCUGCUUUGGCCAACUGAAUCCAGAAAGGCACAGAGGAACUGCAGAGCAGGGUGGAACCCUUCCCCAGUGACUCUCUCCAGAGAAAAUGUCGAAGAAGAGAAUUGCCGUGAUUGGAGCAGGUGUGAGUGGGCUCAGCUCUAUCAAAUGUUGCCUGGAAGAAGGCCUUGAACCAAUCUGCUUUGAAAGGACCGAUGACAUCGGAGGACUCUGGAGGUUUCAGGAGAAUCCAGAAGAAGGAAGGGCCAGCAUUUACAAAUCUGUGAUCAUUAAUACCUCCAAAGAAAUGAUGUGUUUCAGUGACUAUCCCAUCCCUGAUGAUUUUCCCAACUUUAUGCACAAUUCUCAAAUCAUGGAGUACUUCAGGAUGUAUGCCAAGGAAUUUGACCUCAUAAAGUAUAUUCGUUUCAAGACUAUGGUAUGCAGUGUGAAGAAGCGACCUGAUUUUGCCACUUCAGGCCAGUGGGACAUAGUCACCGAAUCUAAUGGCAAACAAGAAGUGAAUGUCUUUGAUGGAGUCAUGGUAUGCACUGGUCAUCAUACCAAUGCUCACAUGCCUCUUGAGUGCUUCCCAGGGAUAGAGAAGUUCAGAGGUCAAUACUUUCACAGCCGGGACUAUAAGGACCCACAGGGAUUUGCUGGAAAACGUGUCAUUGUGAUUGGCAUUGGGAAUUCUGGAGGAGAUCUUGCUGUGGAGAUCAGCCACACAGCCAAACAGGUCUUCCUCAGCACUAGGAGAGGUGCAUGGGUACUGAAUCGUGUAGGGAAUAAUGGAUAUCCUUUUGAUAUUGUCUUCUAUUCUCGGCUUAAAAACCAUAUCUCAAAGUUCUUAAGCAUAUCUAUUCUGAGUUCACUUCUGGAAAAACAGAUGAAUGCAAGGUUUGACCAUGAAAUGUAUGGCCUGAAGCCCAAGCACAGAGCUCUGAGUCAGCACCCAACAGUCAACGAUGACCUACCCAACAGAAUUAUUUCUGGCCGAGUGCGAGUCAAGGGAAAUGUAAAGGAAUUCACAGAGACAGCCGCCAUCUUUGAAGAUGGCACAAGAGAAGAUAACAUUGAUGCUGUUGUCUUUGCUACGGGCUAUAGCUUUGACUUCCCCUUCCUUGAAGAUUCUGUCAGAGUGGUAAAGAACAAGGUUUCCCUGUAUAGGAAGGUAUUUCCUCCUAACUUGGAGAAACCAACACUUGCUAUUAUUGGCUUAAUCCAGCCUCUUGGAGCCAUCAUGCCUAUUUCAGAACUCCAGGGCCGCUGGGCCACACAAGUUUUUAAGGGACUAAAGACCUUGCCUUCACAAAGUGAAAUGAUGGAAGAAAUCACUGCAACAAAAGAAGCAAUGGCCAAAAGAUACGUGGAUAGCCCACGCCAUACCAUCCAGACAGACUUUGUCGAAUACAUGGAGGAGCUCGCUGAGCUGGUGGGGGCGAGGCCCAACCUGCUCAAGCUGGCCUUCACUGAUCCCAAACUGGCAUAUCAUAUGUUCAUUGGACCUUGUACCCCGCUGCAGUAUCGCGUGCAGGGCCCCGGGAAGUGGGAUGGCGCCCGAAAGGCCAUCCUCACGGUGAACGACCGUAUCCAGAAACCAAUGAAGACAAGGGUGAUUGGGGAAAAUAAGCACAGCUCCUCCAUGAUGAUGAUUGGCAAAUGUAUGCUGGCCGUAGUCUUCAUUUCCAUUGUAUUGGCUUAUUUUUAGCUUUUGCUACAGUUUUAAUGGGGGGACUGGAUCCAAAGGUGCCUUCUCAUUGCCAAGAAAGAAAAUUGUGAAAUUUUUCUCCACUCUUCAACUCUGGGUUUCUCUUUCCAAUUAUUCCCAAUUUUCAUUGGUUCGGUUCUUUUUAUUCUUUUCGCUCACCAGAUUCUGUAUUUGACCCAAAGCUCUGGAGCAGGACCACUUUCUCUAGACAGAACUGGGGGGCGUGGGUAGUUGAUGGAGCUCAAGUAAAGGGACGUGUCCAUGGAGAGACAGCCAAUAAUUGUCCCAUGGAGCAGAUGUGACCAUGAAAGGGAAGGAGCUGUGAUCUGUCUCGGCGAAUUCGUUGAGAUAGCAGUUUCAUCCGGAAGUGCUGACAUCCCUGAGAUUUUGCCACAAACUUUUCACUGAUCACGAUUAGACCUUUUUCUCCUUAAUGAUAGACUAGGACAAACUAGCUCAGGCGAAUAGCUAUAUAUCUAUUUUUUGCAUUAUACAUAUUAAUAAUAUAAAAAUAAAUAAAAUAGGUUGUAUGUAAUCAGGAUAAAAAUGAAAGCCAUUCUGUGAUUAGAAUUAGCCAGGGCAGAGGAAAAUUUAAGGCUUUUCUUUACUUCUCCUCUAUUCUGACCCAGUUGUCCCCUGUGGUCUCACCAAUAGAGGAGUGAGGUAUAAAUGUGCCAGAUUUGUACCAGCCCUGCCAUCAUCAUUAGGCACAAAUUCUCAUUGGUGAGCUGGUUUCUCUCUCCCUCCCUUAGGAGAUAACUGAUCUUUUAAAGAUACAUGGGCCUGAGGGCAACUAGGUGACACAGUGAAUAGAGAGCCAGACCUGGAGUCCAGAGAACUUGGGUUCAAAUCUGGCCUCAGAUACGCCUUAGCUGUGUGACCCUGGGCAAGUCACUUGACCCCGAUUGCUUAGCCCUUGCCUUUCUUAGAGUUGUUACCAAGAGAGAAAAUAAGGGUUAAAAAAAAUACAUGGUCCUCCUUUGAGAAAGGAGUUCCUUCUACAUCCCAUCAUGAGGCAAUUUUUGUUUGCAACAACUCUUGUGCAAUGUUAUAUAAUAUCUGGGCUCAGUGCCCAACACUGGACUGGUUAAAUAAACCACACUCUUUGCUGGUGCCGAAGAGGUGAUUACUGAACAUCAGAGGUACAACUUCCUCCUAAUCAGAGCUGACCUGACAUUUAAAGAUGCUGCCUCUUCCACAGUCCUUCUAAAGUCUUUUAUAGGAUUUCUCAGUUACCUCCCUUGUGUAAUCUUCAAGGAAGCCUUUUUAUGGAAUUAGGAGACGAACUGCACCUGCUCUGUUUCUUCUCCAUUUAAGGAGCUCUCUUUUAGUAAGUAAAUUAGCCUGAUUAGCAUGUGCUAAUAACCCAAGGGAGAUAACACCAUUCCUGCUUUGACCACCACCCAGAAUUUUCUAAGGAUUUCCUCCAAAGGAGAAAUACUUCAACGUGUGAACAUUGAUCUGGGGAACUCUGAAGGUCCCCAAACCCAUUUAGGGCAUCUUCCUGAUCAAAAUGAUUUUUCUAAUAAACUAAGACUUUUUAAUGUCAAAGAUGGUAAAUAGUGACAUAUAGACACACAUAUACAUACAUACACAUGUAUGUAUAUAAAAUCUUGCAGUUUAUUGUUAGAAAUUUACUAUAUUAGAAAUUAGAAAUAUGCAAUAAAUGUACAUGUACAUAUAUCUGUAUAUACAAUAUAUAGAGAUGUAUGUAUCUCCCACAUAAACAGAAGUGCAUUAUGUUUCCAUGAUCCUUUUGGGGAAACUGGUUUCCCAAUAGUAUGUAUAAAUGGAGAUUUUGAGCCUUUGGACUUCAUCCCCCAGAAAUCCCUUGGUAUUUCCCAAAAUUACCUUUUCCUGCGUCCCUGCAUUUUUUUAUGAUUGUGUUUAAGUGGCUGUAACUCCUUCCUCUUUGCUCUUUUUGGACCUGCAACCAGGGUGAAUUCAGGCAGUUCUUUUGCCCUAGUUAUUAUUAAUAAAAAUUUUUAAAUAUAAUACUUAGUUAUUACAUAUUAAUUUUAAAAUUCACAGAAUCCACAAUAUUUUAAAGUGUAAAUAGAUCCCAAGACCAAAAGGUUUGAGAAUGACUUCCUUAAAGGAAGGGCAGAUUCUUCUAGUACAGCGUUGGUGAACGUUUUCGAGUUCAUGUGCCCAAACUGCAACUUGAAGCUGCCUGUGAGCCUGCCACAUUACCCCACAAAGCAGAAGUGGCAGCUGGACAGAGAGGCCAGGCAUGCCAAAAAAAUGUCCUUGAGUGCUGGGAAGAGGGGGAACAUGCUGAUACUUUGCCAACACUGUUAUAGGGCUAUAAACUCAUUCUGUUCUGAGAAAAGGGGACCACACACUUCCUAGAAUUCACCCAACCCAAGGUAUAAAUAAAAAUUAUGUAACAAGUACUUAUAAUGUCAACAAAGAUAUUUUAAUCAUAGAUGAAACUUUCACACUUUUGUAAUGGCAAGACUAAUGCAUAUUAAUAUGAUCUGUUCAUCAGAUCAAUAUGGCUUAAAUUAGUCAUCUAAAGGGCUUUUCUAUCUACCUAAUUAUAUCAUGUUUGAUUAGACUUGAAAUGUGAGUACAUGUAUUGAUUUUGUUUUGGAACUGACUAUAAUUUCCUUUGUGAAUAAAAUAUACCAGAUAUUUGA